CCUGGGCUUACCUGCUUCCUGUUAGCAGAUUGUUGGCUCAGAGAGCAUCUGCCUGCACCCCGUGGCUGCGGCUGAGGAGGUCUCUAGGUUCCCACUUGGCUGAGAGAGAGACACUUGGAUUGGACUUAAUCUUAAACCUCUGGAGUUCAAGACCUUUUAAAAAAGGGCUAAGCAAACAAUCUCUACAUGUAAAAGGCCACUGACUCCUACUUCCUCUGUUUAGAGCAACUGUUGAACCCAGCUGACUGAAUAUUGAAGACUUUAAUACCAAACCCUCCAAGGUCAGAAUGAAUACAGGACGUGAUUCUCAGUCACCAGACUCAGCAAAAGGUUUUAGAAGCGUUCGACCUAACCUACAAGAAAAAAAAUCACCACCUCAGAGCCAGAUAACCGUGAAUGGAAACUCUGGAAUUGCUGUGAGUCCAGUGAGUUAUUAUCAAAGGCCAUUUUCCCCGUCCGCUUACUCGCUCCCAGGUUCAUUCAAUUCCAGCCUUGUCAUGCACCAUGGCCGGUCGCUUGACUCCACAGAGACAUAUCCUCAGCAUGUGCAGUCCCUGGACAGCUCGAUGCCACUGUACAGGUCGUCAGAGGAAGAGAAGAGAGUGACAGUCAUCAAAGCCCCGCAUUACCCAGGGAUCGGGCCUGUGGAUGAAUCUGGAAUCCCCACAGCUAUCAGAACGACAGUUGACAGACCAAAGGACUGGUACAAGACAAUGUUUAAGCAAAUUCACAUGGUGCACAAGCCUGAUGAUGACACAGACAUGUAUAAUACUCCUUAUACCUAUAAUGCAGGCCUGUACAACUCACCCUAUAGUGCUCAGUCGCACCCUGCAGCAAAGACCCAGACCUACAGGCCGCUGUCCAAAAGCCACUCGGACAAUGGCCCAGAUGUCUUCAAGGAUGCCUCCUCCUCACUCCCUCCCCCACACGUACCUCCUCCAGUUCCUCCACUUCGACCCAGAGAUCGGUCUUCAACAGAAAAGCAUGACUGGGAUCCUCCAGACAGAAAAGUGGACACAAGAAAAUUUCGUUCCGAGCCAAGGAGUAUUUUUGAAUAUGAACCUGGGAAGUCAUCAAUUCUGCAGCAUGAAAGACCAGCCUCCUUGUAUCAAUCCUCUGUAGACAGAAGCUUGGAAAGGCCAACUAGCUCUGCAAGUAUGGCCAGUGACUUUCGGAAGAGGAGGAAGAGCGAGCCUGCAGUGGGGCCCCCCAGGGGCCUGGGGGACCCGAGUGCAAACAGGACCAGCCCCAGCCGAGCAGACCUCCCGGGAUCCAGCGCUACCCUGGCCAAGUCUUUCGUUGGGUCUUCCCCUUCUUCCCCCUCACGAGCAAAAGGUGGGGGUGAUAGCAAAACGUGCCCACCCCUUUGCGGUUACUCAGGGCUCACCGGUAACCCCUCUUCUGAGUUAGACUGCUGUAACGCGUACAGACGGCACCUGGACGUCCCUCGGGACUCGCCUAGGGCCAUUUCUUUCAAAAACGGCUGGCAAAUGGCCCGGCAAAAUGCAGAGAUCUGGAGUAGCACAGAAGAAACCGUUUCCCCCAAAAUCAAAUCCCGAAGCUGUGAUGAUCUCCUGAAUGAGGACUGCGACAGCUUCCCCGACCCCAAAAUCAAGUCAGAAAGUAUGGGCUCCCUGUUAUGUGAAGAGGACACCAAGGAGGGCUGCGCCCUAAACUGGGCAUCCCCCUACAUCCAGGAGGGCCGUGGUAAUGGCAGGUCAAGGCUGCGACACAGGUCAGCUCAUGACACCCCGGGGUUCCUAAAAAUGUAUAAGAAAAUGCACCGCAUCAACCGGAAGGAUUUGAUGAACCCGGAGGUGAUCUGCUCCGUGAAGUCGAGGAUCAUGCAGUAUGAAAUGGAGCAACACAAUGAUCUUCUGCAGGGCUGGAGCCAGUUGUCUGCGGAGGAGGUGCCCAGGGACAUGGUACCCACCCGCAUCUCUGAAUUUGAGAAGUUGAUUCAGAAGUCCAAGUCCAUGCCCAAUUUAGGAGAUGAGAUGCUGUCUCCCAUUACCCUGGAACCACAGCAGAAUGGCUUGUAUCCCCAAAGACGAUUUUCCAUUGAGUCUUUGCUGGAAGAAGAGACUCAGAGUAGACACCCUUCUCAGGUACAACGAAGCUACAGGCCUAAAACCCUGGUGCCGAUUCACAUCGAAGUCACCAGCGAGGAGCAGCCGAGAGCUCACGUGGAGUUUUCCGACAGCGACCAAGACGGGGUCGUGUCGGACCACAGCGACUACAUUCACGUAGAGGGCUCGUCCUUCUGCAGCGAGAGCGAUUUUGAUCACUACUCUUUCACAUCCUCUGAAAGUUUUUAUGGGUCCAGCCACCAUCACCACCAUCAUCACCACCAUCACCGGCAUCUUGUGAGCUCCUGCAAAGGCAGGUGCCCAGCGUCCUAUACUCGGUUUACCACGAUGUUGAAACAUGAAAGAGCUAAGCAUGAGAGCCCCGAGGUGCCCCGACGGCGAAACCUGGACCCUGGCCUUUCUAAGCUUGCGUUUUUAGUCAGCCCCGUGCCUUUCCGGAGGAAAAAAAGUUCAACUCCAAAAAAACAGACUGAAAAGGCAAAGUGUAAAACGUCCGUGUUUGAGGCUCUGGACUCUGCCCUGAAAGACAUCUGUGACCAGAUCAAAGCUGAGAAGAGAAGGGGAAGCUUGCCAGACAACAGCAUAUUACAUCGUCUUAUCAGUGAACUGUUGCCAGAAGUUCCUGAAAGGAAUUCAUCCCUUAAAGCUCUGAAAACGAGCCCCAUGCACCAGCCUUUCCACCAACUGCCUCAAGAUGGUGCUAUUCACUGUCCAUUGUACCAGAACGAUUUGGGGAGAAUGCCUCCUAGUGCCUCUUUCCAAGACGUAGACUCCAUCACCAGCUACCACCACCAAGACCAGGAGUGUGGUCUGGGUCUCCAAGGCCACGAAUCCCCAAGAAGUUAUUCAUCAUCCACUUUGACUGACUUGGGGAGAAGUACACCAAGGGAAAGAAGAGGAACUCCAGAAAAAGAGAAAUUGCCUGCAAAAGCUGUUUACGAUUUUAAGGCUCAGACUUCUAAGGAGCUGUCAUUUAAAAAAGGUGAUACCAUCUACAUCCUCAGGAAAAUCGAUCAAAACUGGUAUGAGGGAGAGCAUCACGGGAGAGUGGGCAUAUUCCCAAUCUCAUAUGUAGAGAAACUCCUACCACCUGAAAAAUCACAACCUGCAAGACCACCUCCCCCGGCCCAGCCUGGAGAAAUUGGAGAAGCUAUAGCCAAAUAUAACUUCAAUGCUGACACAAAUGUGGAACUCUCCCUGAGGAAGGGAGAUAGAAUUAUUCUUCUUAAAAGAGUUGAUCAAAACUGGUAUGAAGGUAAAAUUCCAGGAACCAACAGACAAGGCAUCUUCCCUGUUUCCUACGUAGAAGUCGUCAAGAAUGCAACCAAAGGUGCUGAAGAUUACCCUGACCCCCCAAUACCCCACAGCUAUUCUAGUGACAGAAUCCACAGCCUAAGUUCAAAUAAGCCACAGCGUCCUGUAUUUACUCAUGAAAACAUUCAAGGUGGGGGGGAACCGUUUCAGGCUCUGUAUAACUAUAAUCCUAGGAAUGAAGAUGAGCUGGAGCUCAGAGAAAGUGACGUCAUCGAUGUGAUGGAAAAGUGUGAUGACGGAUGGUUUGUGGGAACCUCAAGAAGAACCAAAUUCUUUGGUACUUUUCCUGGAAACUAUGUCAAGAGGCUGUGACUCACUGUCCUCCCUUAUUUAUGCCGCAUUUCAACAACAUCUGCAUAAACUUGCCUGAACUCUCCCACAGGCCCUCCAUUGUCAUGCCUUAGGGUUUCCAAUAGAAGUCACUUGCUGUCACCUUCUCCACCUGCCACCAAACCACCAGCAGAAUAGCUGCCCCCGCCAAACCUCUGCAGCUGAGCCACAGGAAACUGGCAGGCUUGCUUCCCAUCGAAAAUGCAUCUUCCCUCUUCUUGUUCAUAGUUUGGAAAUGUUGAUCUGUGGAAUCAGAAAGAAAAUCAUUGUACUUCAAAAGGUUUAAAUAUCUGAGGCAAGAAAUCAUUUCAAGGAGGCUUUCUGGUCUACCCUGGAAGAGGUUCUCCUCUCAGGCAGAGGGAAGAUUGUUUAUUGCAAAAUGCUGUGGUUUGCAUUUUCACAUUCUUAGCUUGGCAGUGUAUUUUCCUUUCACGAGUUUGCCUAGUGUCCUGGUUUACACGAUAUGACAACUGUACUUCAGCUAGCAUUUGCCUGCACUUAUAUGUUGUAAUAUGCACAGUGAUUACAAAAAUCUAAAGCAAGGGUAGAAAAGUUAAUUUGAAUGAGUGGUUUUUUUUUUUUUUUGAUUGACUGAAUGUGACUUUUCAAGUAGGAGUCUUUUCCUGCAGGGUUGUUUUUGUUUGUUUGUUUGUUUUGUACUUUUUAGAAGUGCAAACCGUAAGUGAAUAAGAGCCUUUGGUAAUAAUCAAGAGACUAUAAGAGGUUUAGCUAGAUGACAAAAACAAUAUUGUGUUGUAAAGGUGCAUUGCUAUUUUAUAUUAAAAUGUAAUAAUCAGCAUCAUGAA